AUGCGUGGAACUAACCAUGUUACCGCACCUGGAAACACACGACUUGAUACUCAUAACUUUACAGCAAUGUCAUCAAACGAUCAAGCCGGAUAUAUUCCAGAAAAAUCCGAACCUUCACCAACAGUUGAGAUGAUCGAUAAACCAGAUUACUCUAAACCAAGCAAUUUAACUAAAUCGGCUGACAGACAAAAUUGGGAGACAAACUUUGCUCGAAAUUAUGUCACACCACUAAUAAAUAAUGUCACCGAAACCACUAGAAAAUUUAGUACUUUGUUAAGUAAUGCAAUGAAGGUGGCAGAGGUAUCUAGUAACAUUCUUGAGACCGAAGUUAAUCAAACACUAGACAUGUCUUCACAACAUUGUAAAGAAUAUCUUCCUGGAUUGUGGAGAACUCUCGGAACAGUUUGCUUUGAAAGUCUUGCUGCUUAUUAUUCUAGAGAUAUGCAUAACGUUCAAGCAUUUCCAUUCUUGGCAGUUUACUUUAAACAUGAAAAGAAUUUGUCACAAAUUAAGCAUCUUUAUCCUAUUGUCAAUUUUGUUAAAUUAUUGCAUUCAAAACUUGCCUAUAGAUUGCAAAGAGACAAAGCUGUUUCUUUUACAUUCAAAGACUUUAUUAAUGAAUCUAAGAAUGAAACAAUAUCUUGUCUCUCUCUAAAAUUCUUAGAAGAAGCUACUCCUUGGAAAUCACUCGAUGAAGACAUGAAAAAUCAAAUAUUAGAGGCCAUUGAUCUUGAACCGAAUACUGGUGAACAAAACCAAAAAAUACCUGCCGAAGCAUUUGUUAUUGCUCUUAAGAGAUAUAUGCAGAGAUUCUUAUGCACAGAUAAUAAUAUUAAAGCAACUGAUCCAUUAUAUAUUUAUGUUAACGACAUGAGUUUAAAUUUAUGGCUCGACAGUGUAGCUGAAGAGUUAUUAGAUGAUGUUUUCCCAGAUUCAUUGAUGAUAGAAAAUACAUUUGAAGCUUAUGAAUUUGCUAAUAACAUAAUUAAGGAGUAUCAACAAUCACUUCAUACGGUUAAGCAAAUCUCAAUUUCAGAUCAUCCAAUGGAAUUAGAUCAUCCGAUAGAGGCAGAUCAUUCAAUGGAUUUAGAUUAA